AGAUGUCGCCGAUCAUUCAAAAUCUUCAUCUUACCCAAAUUUUCCUUCAAAAUUCAGUUCAAAUUCAAAAUGUUUUCUUCAGAAGAUUUUCUACAAGGCUACGACAGAACAGAUUUGCUAAAAAACGCGCUGGAUUUGCCAACAGAUUUGCUAAAAUUGAUGUUUUGGCGCUAGAUGAAGUGGUACAACCUCAAAAGGUUCCGCUUGAAAAACACGUUAAUAUUGAGCUAGAAGGUGUCCAAUCUUCACUUUCUCGUCAAGUUAUAUCCUCAAUUCUUGAUCGAUUUGCAAGAGAUGUCAACAUUAGGGAUUUGGCUGCAACACAAAAUAUAACCAAAAAUAUUUUUCAAAAGGCUUUUCAAAGCUUUAGAAUGGCUUGUUGUUUGGGUCAAACAAGUUUGGAUCCUCGUCUUCAAGUGAUUUUUAGUGAUAUUAUUAAAUAUGAUCACAGUGUCGACCAAAUUUACCCUUAUUUUCUUCGACAUGCUCACAAAGUGUUUCCACAUUUGGAACGAAUUAAUGAACUUCGAAUAAUUUCUGAUUUAACUCAUCCACACAAUUGGUACCCUCUAGCUCGUGAAAUUCAUCGAAAAAUUAUUUUUCAUGCAGGCCCCACAAAUAGCGGCAAAACUUACGAAGCUUUGGAAGAGUUUAAAAAGGCGAAAUCUGGAAUGUAUUGUGGACCGUUGCGGUUAUUAGCCUUUGAAAUUUAUGAACGAAUUAAUAAAGAUGGUAUUCCUUGUGAUAUGGUCACUGGAGAACAACGCCUAUUUGCUCAUGAUUCUGAAACUCCAGCUGCCCAUUGUACCUAUACGGCAGAGAUGGUGCCAAUAGAUGAUAGAAGGGAUAUUUGUGUGAUAGAUGAAAUACAAAUGUUGAGGGAUGUUGAACGUGGAACAGCUUGGACUAGGGCUUUACUUGGGGUUGCUGCUGAUGAGGUUCAUUUAUGUGGCGAAGAGGCAGCAAUAGACCUUGUAUUAAAAUUAUUAGAUCCAAUUGGUGAACAUGUUGAUAUUAGAAAAUAUGAAAGGAAAGGUGAAUUGGUUGUGAUAGAUACACAUGGAUUGAGGGAUUUGAAUGCUGUGGAGGAUGGGGAUUGCAUUAUUCAUUUUAACAAACAAUCAAUUUUAAAAACUGCUAGAACUCUUUUACAUGAAUAUGGCAAAGAAUCAGCUAUUAUUUUUGGUGAUUUGCCGCCUGAAACAAAAAGGGAACAAAUUGAGAAGUUUAAUGAUCCUGAGAAUCCAUGUAAAAUUUUAUUGGCAACAGAUGCUAUUGGAAUGGGAAUUAAUUUAAAUAUUAAAAGAGUUAUUUUUACAACAUUAAUGAAAGACGGGCAAAUUUUUCCAACUUUUUUUGUUAAACAAAUAGCUGGAAGGGCUGGACGUUUUGCCUCUAGAUAUUGUAAAGGGGAGGUAAUGACACUCUUGGACGAAGAUUCCCGCCUUUUAGGACGUUUAAUGAAUGAACCAAUUCAACCUAUUGCACAAGCAGGUAUAUCUCCAUCGUUUGAAGCUAUAGAGCUAUUUUCACUUCAUUUACCUCAUUGUUCUUUGUCUCAAUUAUUAGAUAUUUUUGCUUCAAUUUCUAGUGUCAGUGAAGAUUAUUUUUCGUGUUCGCAUGCUAGAAUAAGAGAGAUGGCAAUUUUAAUAGAGCAUAUACCUUUGUCAUUAAGGGAUCGUUAUACUUUUUGUCUUUGCCCUGUUAAAGAAAGUGGAUCUUCUUUCUUAAGUACUGCAUAUAUAAUGAUUGUUAAAAAAUAUUCUGAAGGAAAUGCAAUAACAAUACAAUUCAUAAAACAUUUGGUAAUGGGAGAAAUGAGACUUGCAGACAAUUUAGAAAGGCUACGAACACUUGGGGAUGUAUAUGAUAUUCUUUAUGCUUAUUUGUGGUUAAGCUAUAGAUUUGAGGAUUAUUUUCCCAAUCGAGAUUUAGUUCGUGAAUUACAAGUAGAAUGUGGUGAUUUAAUUAAUAAAAGUAUUCAACUUAUGAUACUAAAAGAAUCUUCUAAAAAAUCUUCUGCUACUAUAAUUAGAAAAUCGCCUUAUAAUGAAAAAGGGAAUGAAAAAAGGAAUAAUAUUAUAUUAAAAAAGGAUGGAAAAAUGGGAGGAAGACAACAACAACAAAAAUUUGGUUCUAAAGAUUUUGAAAAUAGUUUUCGCUUUGUUGUGGAUAAAUUGAAAAAAUGA